GCCGCGUCCUUCCUCCUUCCGAAGUGCAGGCAGAGCCCCCGGAGCCAUGGCCAGCCCUUCAGGCAGCCCGGAAGACACGGGCAAGGCCAGAGGCAGGGACGGCUGGCCGAGGAACGAGGAGGACGAUGCCCCUCCGGAGGAGAAGAGGCUGAGGCUGGGGCUGGAAGGCGGAGGUGCGGGGACCGAGGACCGGGAAGGCGCGCCGCGUCUGGGCACCCAGGCAGGUGGCGAAGGCGGAGGCGAUCUGCUGUCCCUGCCAUACAGCCUGGUCGAAGGGCAGGACCACAAGUCUGAAAAUUCGACCCUCCUUCCUGCUGCCAGGAGCAGUCCACAAGACGCAGUUUCGGCAAGUCUGGCUACCAGCACAGCUGAGGAAACAGCUCAAAGAACUCAUGCAAGUGGAACUUAUAGCUUCCUUGAUCGGACUCAGCGUUCAGAUAUCAAAGCCGACUGCAAUACCUGCGUGGAAAUAGAAGACAGAAAGGUUUCGAGACAACAGAUGAAUUGUGAAAGAGAGCAGCUAAGGGGUAAUCAAGAAGCCGCAGCUGCCCCCGACACGAUGGCUCAGCCUUACGCUUCGGCUCAGUUCGCUCCCCCGCAGAACGGCAUCCCCGCGGAAUACACAGCCCCUCAUCCCCACCCUGCGCCGGAGUACACAGGCCAGACCACCGUGCCCGAGCACACGUUAAACCUGUACCCUCCGGCGCAGCCCCACUCGGAGCAGAGCCCGGCCGACACGAGCGCGCAGACCGUCUCCGGCACCGCCACACAGACGGACGAUGCAGCACCCACGGAUGGGCAGCCCCAGACACAACCUUCAGAAAAUACGGAAAACAAGUCCCAGCCCAAACGGCUGCACGUCUCCAAUAUCCCCUUCAGGUUCCGGGAUCCAGACCUCCGACAAAUGUUUGGUCAAUUUGGUAAAAUCUUAGAUGUUGAAAUUAUUUUUAAUGAGCGAGGCUCAAAGGGAUUUGGUUUCGUAACUUUCGAAAAUAGUGCCGAUGCGGACAGGGCGAGGGAGAAAUUACACGGCACCGUGGUAGAGGGCCGUAAAAUCGAGGUAAAUAAUGCCACAGCACGCGUAAUGACAAAUAAAAAGACUGUCAACCCUUAUACAAAUGGCUGGAAAUUGAAUCCAGUUGUUGGUGCAGUCUACAGCCCAGAAUUCUAUGCAGGCACGGUCCUGUUAUGCCAGGCAAACCAGGAGGGAUCCUCCAUGUACAGUGCCCCCAGUUCACUUGUAUAUACUUCCGCAAUGCCCGGCUUCCCGUAUCCAGCCGCCACCGCAGCAGCCGCCUACCGAGGGGCGCACCUGCGAGGCCGUGGCCGUACCGUGUACAACACCUUCCGGGCCGCGGCACCUCCGCCCCCGAUCCCGGCCUACGGCGGAGUAGUGUAUCAAGAGCCUGUGUAUGGCAAUAAAUUGCUUCAGGGUGGUUACGCUGCAUACCGCUACGCCCAGCCUACCCCUGCCACUGCCGCCGCCUACAGUGACAGUUACGGACGAGUUUAUGCUGCCGACCCCUACCACCACGCACUUGCUCCAGCCCCCACCUACGGCGUUGGUACCAUGAAUGCUUUUGCACCUUUGACUGAUGCCAAGACUAGGAGCCAUGCUGAUGAUGUGGGUCUCGUUCUUUCUUCAUUGCAGGCUAGUAUAUACCGAGGGGGAUACAACCGUUUUGCUCCAUACUAAAUGACAAAACCAUAAAAACCUUCCAAUGUGGGGAGAGAGGAAGCUUUCCGAGGCCUGAGUAUUGCAAUACAUGCAGUAGUGCAUCAUUUUAGCAACUCUAAAAAUACAAAAUAAAUAAAAAGAGGAAAAAAAUUACAUUUUUUAUCUUAUACCUCAGAUAUUUUGUUCUGUGUAUUUUAAUAUUGUGGGUCCUUUCAUUUCUGAAGGUUCCGUAGUUUGGUUGCUGGCUGUAGGAGUUUUUUUGUGGUUGAUCUAGAGAGAUGCUAGUUAUAAAUAAAAACUGGUGUAGGGCCAUAUCCAGAGUGCUAUAUUAUGUAAAUGAAUUAUAUAUGCUGAAUAUUAAGCUACUGGGGGUAUCAGCUGUCUGGGAAGAGUGUAAGUGACUACAGUAGUCAUUUUUUCUGCAUCAUACAUUAUUUUAUUUUGUGAAAGGGGAGGUUGGGAGGGGCUUAGGGGGUUGGAAUUGGGGUUUGGCUGAAAGAAAACAAAAAUGUAGUAACUGAUGAAUCUAAAUGACCCACUGCACCAACCAUCACAUAUCAAUGGUUCUAAGUUACUCAUUGCCAGUUCAAGCCAAAGGUUAUGCCGUUCAAGGGGGUGCUUCUCACAGCACCUAUGCAACUGAGUGGAAGGAGACUGUGCAAACCCACCCUUUAAACCAUUCCACCCGGCAGUAUUCAGCUUCUUAACCAGCUGCUAGUUAUUUAGGCAAAAAAAAAAAAAAGAAAGAAAAAAAAAAAAAACCUGCUAGUUAGGCCAUCAACAAGCAUUCUUUUUAUAUUUCUUCCAGUAUAAGAAAUUAUUGAUAUCAUUGCUGACUUUUAUAUUAUGGGAGGGAAAAAAAUAACAUUAAUAAAAAGGUGAUAAAAAGCACUGUUUCUAUUUUUUUCUUUUUUUCCAAAAAAAAGAAAGUAAUAAAAACUUAAAUUCUUUGUACCAGUUAAAAAAAUGUAUAAAAUUUACAUCUGUGCAGUGGAGUUGUUAAGUUCUAGAAACAGUCUAUGAAGCUUUAGUUUUAGCCUAGUAGAACAACUGUUAGAGACAGACGUAUAAUUUUUAUGGAACUACAUGAUAAUCAUAUUCGGAUUUAUAGAAGCAUUUUACAAGUAUUGCAACCAUUGAGUAGAGAUAAUCAUGGUAUUUUCAUCAGCUUGGUACUUUUUGAAACAUGACUGCGUUGUGUGAGCAAUCUGCAAUUUUUCAGUCUGUGAGAGCCUGCCCUCCCACCUCUCCCCCAUGCCUAAGGACUAUCUCAAACCACUAUCUUUAGCUUCAUCUCCGAGGCCCAGGACAUUUGUCAGAAGGAAGCAAAAAAAAAAAAAAAAAAAACCAUAGAUCCAUCCUGGUCAUCCCCAAAGAGCAAAGCCCCCUGCACCAUCCCCCAGGCCUCACCAUUGCAACACGACCGAAAAAUUGCAGUUUGUCUGACUACUUCUGUUUGAACUCUUUCCAUGUUGUCCUGUUUACAAGUUAACCUAAGUUGAGGUAUCUGUCACGGGUCUUCCUGUUUUUGUAUUUAAAUUUAAAAGAAAAAAACAGCAGCAAGCUGUCCCCAAGUAGUUUUGCUGCCAUAGUUAAACCCUCCUGUGUACAGUGCAGGCCCUGUGGCUUGACACUUUAGUAAGUUAUUAACUCACCGCUGUGAACCCGCCAAUCCGCUGUAACAACUCUGCUUUAAAACAAAACCAAACAAAACUAAAAAAAAAAAAAAGUGUUUGUGAUUCAGCUUUCUCUCGUCUUGCUGCGUGCAUGCCGUAAGAUCAGUUGGAUAUUAAACCAUCAAUAAAGUUUCACGAGAUUUGAAAACAAAGUUUCUGUAGCUUCGAUAUCUAAGACAGAUUAUAGUUCUCUUAAAAAGAGAAAAAGUUGUGGGGAAAAAAACUGCUUAGAAGCCAGAAGCAUAUAAAAUGUUCUUUUCACCAAACUUAUUUGGGUGGGAUAGGGGAGGGGCUGGGGGGUGUUUUAUAGCAUCAGUAAAGACAUUCUCAUUCCCCCACCUGGAAAACGAUGUUAUGACAGUGGGUGCCUGGUUGAUGUUCUUAAAAAAUAAUAAUAAUAAUAAGUUAUUAAAAAGCCAUGGCAUCCCACUUCAGAGGGGAGAAAAAAAGGGUAGGAACAGGUGGCUAGGGAGAAUAUAUAGAUUUCUCUCAAUUGCCUCCGAUUUCAAAAUCCAGAAUUUACAUUGUGUUUGGAAUCACAAACAUAGAAUUCUUACUGUGUUGGUUAAAGUAAAAUUCAUUUGCGGUUUUGAUUUUCACCAAUGAGCUGUACUUUCCCCCAUGACUGUAUGUAGUUUUAAUAAAAUCAUUUAGAGCAAGUGGGUGCCAUCCGAUGUUGCAGAAUCUUUUGUCUAGGCACUCCUCCAAGAUGCCAAUAAGUCAUUUUAAAAUGUAUGUCAGAAAUGUAAACAAACAUUUUGGAUUUUUUUAAACAGUAUUUAUUUGGAAUGUUUUCAUUUAUCUAAAUAACUAUUGCUAUUAUGAAUUAUGGAAAAAAGAUUAAUAUCAUGUGUGGCAUAUAGUGACUCCUUAACUCACACAUCAUGCAAUCUGCAAACCCAGAAAAUGUGUAUAUCUGUCUUUAGAAAUUAGUGUUUAUAUCACUUACAGUGGUUUGUGAAUAAAGAAAACUGGUUUGUAAUAUCAAAAAAAUAAAAGCUUAGUCUGAAACGUUA